UGGAAGGUACCUUUUGCGUCAGUAUCAGACGUCUAGGGGCGUGACAAAUCGUCGGUGGUCGAGGAUUAUGGGUAGUGUAGGCUUUUCCGCUAUCCAAAACAUACGAAUAAAAGUUUAAUUCUCAGAAUCGAAGGAGGAAAACUUAAAAAUGAGACCCAUAACAUGAAACUAUUGUAUUGUUGAAUUAUCAGUGAUACUUUGAUGUGUUUGUGUUGAGAAGUGUUGACGAUGUCAUUGGAAUUAAUCCUUAAAAUAGUGAGAAAAACACUUCUGGUGCGGUUCUCCAAUCAGAUUGUAGCUCGCAGUGUCAUAUUCCACCGUGACCGGGUUAUUAUUGUAGUGAAUGGAGGGCGGCAGCCUCUGCUCUAAGCAUCUCUUACCACCGUGAGCGGGUUUACAUUGAAGUCAAUUGAGAACCCAGUGCAUCUUACACAGACGCGGAAUGGUACCUUUUGUGUCAGUAUCAGACGUCUAGGGGCGUGACAAAUCGUCGGUAUAUUACGCCUUGGGAAUGAGAACAGGUUGUGUAAAGCGUAUACUUUGUCACAGUUUUCUUGGAAUGCAUCAUGAUAAUCAUUUAAUAAUUUCUUGAAAUAAUGUAAUUUGACGUAUUUGUUCUUUCAUUCAAAUUACCUUAAAUGUUUAGGUAAAUAGGUAAAAUAACCAAAAACUGUGUCAGUUUCCAAAACAUCUGGAGCUAAAUGUACAUUCAUGGAAGAACCUCUUUGACCAUCUUGUAUCCUGGAGUAAAUAUCAUCAGUUUGCUGCCUGUCCUCAAGCUUAAGCUUACUUUUAUCAAAAUUGGGUAUGUGCUAUAUAGUGGGUGACACUACAUGUCCCUUGACUUAUUUUUUGUUUUUGAUAGUAGAUCACCUGCUGUGCUGUUUUGUUGGGUUUUUUUUUCCAGUAUGAUACCUCUCUAUGCCUGUCUCUCUCUUUCUCUCAGUCUCUCGCUCUGUUGUUUUUUGCAGUAUGAAACCUUGUCACCAGUCCCAGUUGAAGCUGCAAAUAAUACAUUUUGCAUUUAAUGACUUGCUUCAAAAUAAAAACUGUUGAAUACAAGCCUCACGAAUUAUUCCCAGCCAUGGGAAUGUGUCUGCAUACCCCUCAGAAAGUAGGUAGUUGCGCCCCCGGCCCGGGACGUACUCCUGAGUCAGCUGCUUUUGUUAACACUUAUUGAGACAAUUUGUAGUAAUCUUAACGCAAUAUAUGUUCAAUGGAGUUGAACUAAAUGUAAAAAUAAGUUAAAUUAGUCUUUUAUAGAGAGCAAAUAUUUGACCAAGGCGUCAGAUAGUUUUUUAUUAUUUUAUUUUAAUUUUUUAUCAAGUUUCCUUCAGCUCUCAAACUAUGGUUCCUUACAAGGGUUUUCGGAAGAGUUUCUUCAUAAUUUUGUGCAAUUUGUGAUUGUAAGGAUUUUCUCAAUUGUCAUAUGAGCAUUAACAUCUGAGAUCAACUGUUUGUAGCAGUGUUUCAACAAGGACAUAAGAUACUGAAGACUUUGUACUUUUUAAAAAAAGAAAAAAAAGCAAUGUUACAUAACACAAAUGACCUGUUGACUGCUGAAAUAAAACACAAGGAACUUGAACUCUUGCAGUUGUACACUGACUGCCCAUGUGUUGCAUUUCAGGACAACAUCAAAGGACAAAAUCAGCACAUUUCAAGGCAAAGAAAUGGAAGAGAUAUUCUACAUCCUCGGCUUGGAUUGGAUCGACGUCAGGAGUGUCUUAAUAUUUUUUGGUAUUUUUCUACUUUUGGCUGAUAUUUUGAAGAACAGAGCACCGAAAAACUUUCCUCCAGGACCGUGGGCACUUCCUUUCAUCGGCGAUCUUCAUCGUAUUCAACCUACCAGACUUCAUCUGCAGUUCACAGAAUUUGCACAGAAAUAUGGAAACGUUUUCAGCCUUCGCCUCUUUGGUGGAAGGAUUGUGGUCAUCAGUGGCUACAAGUUUGUGAAAGAAGCCCUGGUCGAACGAGGAGAAGACUUCGUAGAUCGUCCCAAUAUUCCAUUGUUUGAAGCGAUGUUUCAGAAUAAAGGUCUUGUGUUCUCAAACGGUAAUCAGUGGAAGCAGCAGAGGAGAUUUGCUCUUCAUACACUCAGAAACUUUGGUCUGGGAAAGAAGACCAUGGAGAGAUACAUCCAGCAGGAGUGCCAGUACCUCACAGAGGCUUUUGCAGACCAACAAGGCAAACCAUUUAAUGCCCAGCAUCUGAUAAAUAAUGCUGUGUCCAACAUCAUCUGCUGUUUGGUGUUUGGGAAUCGAUAUGAAUACAAUGACAAGCAGUACCAGUAUAUUCUGCAGAUCAUUGAUGACAUGGUGGAGUUACAGGGAAGUUUGUCGGCACAGAUUUACAACACAGUCCCCUGGCUGAUGAAGUGGUUUCCUGGACCUCAUAAGAAGAUAUUCAGUCUGAUACAAGAAUUAAUUGACUUUGUAGAAAUCAGGAUCAAAGAACACAAAGACAUCCUUGACCCAUCAUCACCAAGAGACUACAUUGACUCCUUCCUCAUAGAAAUGGGACAGAAAGAGGACAAAGAGUCUGGGUUUGACCUCAAAAAUUUAUCUUUCUGCACAAUGGACUUGUUUGGUGCUGGAGCUGAAACUACUACCACUACUUUAUACUGGGGGCUGCUAUACAUGAUCCACUACCCUGACAUACAAGAGAGAGUCCAGGCUGAGAUUGAUGCUGUGAUUGGUUCGUCCAGACAGCCGUGUAUGACUGACAGAGAAAACCUGCCUUACACUGAUGCAGUCAUCCAUGAGAUACAGAGGAUGGGCAACAUCGUCCCCCUCAAUGUGUUUCACAUGACAAACAAGGAUACUACAGUGGAUAAGUACACAAUCCCAAAGGGUACCGCAGUCCUGCCUACACUGCACUCUGUCCUCCGCGAUGAGUCAAUGUGGGAAACUCCAAACUCCUUCAACCCUCAACACUUUCUGGACCAGGAUGGUAAAUUUAGGAAGAGAGAAGCCUUCCUUCCAUUUUCUGCAGGUAAGCGUGUGUGUCUCGGUGAACAGCUGGCAAGGAUGGAGUUAUUCCUGUUCUUCACAUCCCUCCUUCAGAGGUUUUCAUUCUCUGCACCCCCUGGAGAGAAGCCCACUCUGGAGUACAAACUGGGAAUCAUUCAUUGUCCUAAACCUUACCGUCUCUGUGCCACACUACGAUAAACUGCUGAUGUAAAGACUCAGUGAUGUUUAUCAGUUUGCAUGAAACCCCUUUAUCAUUUGAAUUGCAAACACACCUCAGUCAGGCACAAAGUUGAAUUUAUUCUGCCAGUGUA